AUGUAUUCCACACUCCUCCUCCCCUGGUCUGCUGACCCUCCAGAGCGCGAGCAGGCCUACCGUGGGGCCGGCCUGGUAAGAACAAAAGGCACCUUAUUCCUCCUCCCCCCACCAGAUUCGGUCCUGCGCGAGACAUUCAACGCCCCUCCUCGACCUAAAACGCGCAUGUCAUCCGGGGCCGUUGCACUAUGCAAGCACUUCGAACGCGGGGGCGCGUCCUCUGAGCAUGGUCGCGCUCAUCCCUUCUGGACUAUGCCGAGGGGGAGCAACGAGAACAAGACGGAGAUUGCGAGACAGAUACUGGAGCAAAUGCUCGCAGAGGCCGUGUGGAAGAAUGUCAUGCUUCUGCAUCACGGUGUAGCGGUCUAUGAAAUCAGAAAUGCGAGGGGCUUUGGCAUGAGAUGGACAUUGGACAUCAAAGAGAAGAAGGGAUUCCACAACGGCGUCGACCAUGCUGGUGGUGAGGGUGUUCUCGCGACUGCAAAGUGCGGCGCGCAAGAUCAUGAGGAUCAGGACGAUUUCGAGAAGGACUGGGAGGUCACCAGGACGACGUUCCGAGGGUUUCUGGAGCCGAUCGCUGGGAUGGAUCACGAUUUGGACGGGCAUGGCUGA